UAGAGGAAAGUUUGCUUCAGUCCGCCGCCUCGUUCACAAAACUAGUGGUGUACCGUUCGCAGGAAAAUUCAUCCGGCGCAGGCGCCGCGCUGCAGAUACCAGUAGGGAGAUCGGUCACGAGAUGGCGGUGCUGGACCUGUGUUCUGGAUCGGAACGCGUAGUGCGGCUCGUCGAAGUAUAUGAAACCAGGGCAGAAGUCGCUCUGGUUUUGGAAUUGGCUACUGGAGGUGAGCUGCAGCAUCUUUUAGAUGAAGAGGAGCAUUUGAGUGAAGUGGAUGCUCGUAGGGCUCUGCGACACACUCUUCGGGGUCUUAGAGACCUUCAUGCACACAACAUAGCUCAUUUGGAUUUAAAACCACAGAACUUAUUAGUAUGCAAAGGGGAAGACAGUGGUGACAAUAAAGCAAACACUCUGGGUGAUGUUAAACUGUGUGAUUUUGGAAUAUCUCGACUGAUCCAACCUGGUGUCGAAGUCAGAGAAAUUAUGGGUACUCCUGAUUAUGUCGCUCCCGAAGUGCUCCAAUAUGAACGUCUCUCCUUGGCUACGGAUAUCUGGUCUGUCGGUGUUUUGACUUAUGUCCUUUUAUCAGGUUUCUCACCAUUUGCUGGUGAUAGCAAACAGGAAACCUAUCUUAACAUCACACAGAAUGAAUUGGCGUUUCCUCAAGAUCUGUUUCAAGACGUUUCGGAAACUGCCAAAGACUUUGUCAGGAGCUGUCUCGUUUUACACCCGGGAUCAAGGCCUACGGUCGAACAAUGCCUGGAUCAUCCUUGGUUGAUCGAAACUUCGAAUAUAGAGAUCGAAAAACCUUGGCAAAAUCAACGUCCGAGGAAACUUUACAGAACGAUUCAACCCGAGCGAAGACACCACGUCAGAAGAAGAACCAGAAGACGAAAACGAAAUUUGUACCAACGGUUUCACGAAUAUAAAAGACAUCGAAGAUAA